UGUUUCACCAGAUAGAGUCCUGUGUCAACUGCUGUGGUCACACUUGCUGGAGCUCAACAUUUGUCUACCUAGAUCAUCGUUGGUAACAGUGGCAUCUCGUACUUGCUCUGUGUUGCUCUACCUCAAAAGGGAUAUCCUGGCCUGCAAUCCUUUAAAAUUCCAUCCUUGGCUCUCGGAAUCCUGCAUCUCUAGAGCUGGACCCGUGACUCUCUUCCUGGUCCUGCCAUUAGCAGACUCUGAGCCAUGGUCUUCAUGAAACAAGAGGCCAUCAGUUUUUCCGUGACAACAGUGGCUUUGGAGGCUGCCAUUGUGAGCUGUGUGCUGCCUGCUUGGAGGGUGACAUUUACAGAUGAAGAGACAAACCCAGGUGCCAGAAUUUGGGAGGGUCUGUGGUACCUGUGCCAGUUUGACGGAAUGAGCUCGAUACAGUGUACCCUAUAUAACACCCGGAUAACACUAGCACAGGACCUAAAAGUGUCUCGCGUCUUCAUGCUCACUGGCUCCAUUGGAACCUGGCUGGGUUUAAUGCUGUGCCUGCUUGCAGAUCGGCGCAUCAAGUGUUUGAGGAACAUAAGUAUUGUAGCCACAGUCAUGAAGGUAGCCGGUGGGAUGUUUCUUAGUGCCGGCCUUGUGAUGCUGAUAUCACUGUCCUGGGUAACACACAACAUCAUCCAUGGCUUCUUUAAUCCAUUGUUUGGCUACUCCAAGAAAGCAGAGAUGGGUGCUUCACUCUACCUGGCCUGGACCAGCUCCCUGCUGCUGCUCUUGGGAGGCUUCCUGCUCCUUGUCAACAGCCUAUCACGCUCUGCCGCCUCCCCAGUAACAGGUGUUGAGGAGCAACUAUCAUCUCAGGCCAUUCCAAUGAGGCUGCAGCAAGCGGCACUGGAGAGAGCGGGGCCUGAGCAAGCAGUGUCUGAAGAAAAGUAUGGUUAAUAAAUAAAUAAAUCAUUAAAAAAGCAAA